AUGACCAAGAAAGGAUUUGAGCACAAAAAGAUCAUUAUUUUCAUUAUGAACGACGGUGACGUGGUUACCAUGCCAUCGAACGUGGCCUGGGAAAUAAAUAUCGCCAACCCUGGACCAAGUGAGGAGGCGGAAACUGACCCACAGCUACAACGGAACCACGUGAGUAGAGGAACAGCGAGCACAAUCACGAUUACCGCUCCUAAAAAACGCAAGUCUAAUGUUCCAGAGCCUGAUACCGGCCGAUUUUCUCCAUUUAAUUUCAAGCCGUCAUUGCAAUCUGAUUUAGAAAAUACUCCUAGAGCCCGGAAAGUACAACUGUUGAACGAAGAUGACAAAGACUCAAUUUACAUUAGCCCUAGUACUGGGAAACUGGGUGACAUAGAACCUACCAAUGAAGACCACUCGGACACGGAUGAAGAUUUUAACCCCGAUCUUAUUAGUGUUCAAUCAGAUACCAGUAGCACUUCAGCCAGCAGCGAUUACUCGGUUUUGAGUGAAGAUGAUUCCGAAAAUAUCGAAGAAAUGCAACCCAACGUAAUUCCUUCAGUAGCAAAUGCUAAUGACGAAGAUGAGUGGCAAGAUAUUGAUGAUACGAUUCCUAAUUUCGAAGAAUUCUCUGAAAAUUGUAAAAUAAACAUUCCAGAUGAUGCGGUCACACCUGAAGAUUAUUACAAUUUAUUUGUCACAAAUGAUAUUAUUGCCAAGAUGGUCGUAGAAACAAAUAAUUAUGCCCAAAAAAUCUUAGCCGGUAGCCAACUUAAGCCCAAAUCACGAGUUCGAGCUUGGAUUACUACAAAUCUAGAUGCAAUGAAAAAAUUUUUGGGCGUGAUUAUGGUGAUGGGUUUAGUAAAACUACCACACAUAAAUGAUUACUGGUCGAGAAAGAGUAUUUACCGAAAUCAGUAUGUAGUGUCAGCUAUAAAGAGAGACCGAUUUCUGCUAAUUUUGAAAUUUUGGCACUUUAGUCAAGAGGAUCCGGAUGACAAAAAUAAACUUUCUAAAAUUAAAGAUGUGUUUUCUAUGCUGCUUCAGAGAUUUCAAACGGUCUUAAUACCCGGAAAGUAUUUAGUAAUCGACGAAACUAUGAUCCCAUGGCGGGGACGGUUAAAAUUUCGACAGUAUUUAAAAGCCAAGUCCCAUAAAUACGGAGUGAAGCUGUACAAAUUAUGUACGCCGGACGGGUAUACUUUCAAUGUGAAUGUUUAUACUGGCAAGGGUGAUAAUGGUAGAGAAUUAAAUCACGGAAAAGAGACUGUUAUGAGAUUAAUAAGGGGCCUUGAAAAUGAAGGAAGAACCGUAGUGACUGAUAAUUUCUAUAAUUCAAUAGAUCUUGCAGAGGAGCUUUUAUGCAAAAAAACAUUCCUUUGUGGUACUUUGCGCCCAAAUCGGAAAGGUCUCCCAAAACGUAUAAUAGCCUCAAAACUGAAAAAAGGCGAAAUAACUGGUGUAAUGAAUGAGAAUGGGGUUCGAAUUAUAAAAUGGGUGGAUAAGAGACCAGUAAAUAUGAUUUCUACAUGUCGGGAUCAUGAUUUGGCGAUAAAGGACACUGGCAAGAUAAGACGUAUUACCGGAGAAGCAAUUAAAAAACCACAGUGCGUCAUAACCUACAAUGACAAUAAAAAGGGUAUAGACUUCAGUGACCAGAUGUCGUCCUACUAUACAACCCUAAAGAGAGGAAUCAAGUGGUUUCGGAAAGUCAUGCUUGAAUUGCUAUUUGGGACAGCAUUGGUCAAUAGCUGGGUGGUGUAUAAUAUUCGGCAGCCAAAUCCAAUAUCAAAGAAAGAUUUCGUCGAAGCAAUCAUAGCAGCAUAUACGAAAACGCCAAUAACGGAAUCUAACCCAGAUUGUCAAAAUGAUGUUCCCUUGAAGAAAAAACACACCUUCGAAAAAAAAGGCGAGAAGAGGAGAAUUUGUGCUGGAUGCUACCAAAAGCUGCGUGGUACACUCAGCAGCCGAGAAGCAAAUAAAAAAGUAAAGAAAAUAAAAUCUUUCUGCGUAGAAUGUAAGAAAGGAUACUGCCUGCCAUGUUUCUAUAAAACUCACAUGUAAAAUUAAUGAAUUUUUCACAUAUAAUGUAAAAAAUAAUGUUUUAAGUAUAAAAG